UUCGCUAUCAGAGUCUUACCAAAAGUUCUGACCUUUCUUCAUACGACCUUCCUACUGCUCUCUUCUGGACUUUAACAUGGGAACUUCUCAAUCUGGACCAGUGCAUAGGUUCCAGGAUCUGGCUCAUAAAACUGGCUUUUCCAUCGAGGAGAUAAAAACCCUCAAUACCAGAUUUCUGUACCUGACUCAAGAUGAAGACACUUUAAGACGUGAACACCUUGCGAAUGUUAGCGAUUUGGCCCUCAAUCCAAUUCGAAGACAGAUCAUUGAGGCCUUCUUUGAUAAAAGGAACAUGGGUGAAAAAGAGAGGGGCUGUCUACAGGAGAUCGGUUUUGAGGAAUUCGUAACUGUCCUGUCCUUCUUCAGACCACCCAAACCACACACUGCAGACGAGGAGAUGAAAAACAUCAAGAAGGAGAAACUACGAUUUCUAUUCAACAUGCAUGACACUGACAAUGACGGCAUCAUCACGCUGGACGAAUACAGAUGUGUGGUGGAGGAGCUGCUGUCCAGCUAUGAAAUCAUAGGAGCAGAAACCGCCAAAGCCAUCACAGAUGCUGCGAUGCUGGAGGUGGCGAAUGUCACAGUUGGUCAGAUGGCUCCUGAUGAAUUUUAUGAGGGAAUCACCUUUGAGCAGUUCAUGCAGAUAUUAAAAGAUGUAGAGAUCGAGACCAAGAUGAAUAUUCACUUUUGGAACUUGGACACCAUGACAGUGCAAUGUGGGAAAUGAGAGUCAUUUCCACUUCACAGCAGUACUUUAUAUUCAAACUCGUAGUGUUGAGUUAACUUUCUCUGAAAUAUCUCCAGUGAUCAAGAUAUGGACGUGUCUACAGGUUUACAGGAUUACAUUUCAGAGUCCAAACCAAACAUCCCAAGUAUACUUGGAAGAUAUUUAUGAACGCUGUAAGGCCUAGUUAUUUUGUGACUUCAUGUUGACUUAUGUACAACAUAAAGAAUUUUGAUUCAAACACACUUUCAGGUACCAUGUAUACUGUAUUUUUAACAGUGGAACUGAGUCGUGUGAUGGUACAUUUCCCUUCUGAGCUAAGUAUGCUGAUUUUAUUUAGAGGAAGUCUAUAUUAAAAUGUAUUAAAGGAUAUGUAAAGUUUUACAGCAUUUAUUAAAUUGAUAUUUUUAUUAUUGUCA